ACUGUGCUGACCGGCAGGCUUCCAGCAGCCAUGGUGGCAGGCAUGCUCAUGCCUCUGGACCAGCUACGGGCCAUCUAUGAGGUGCUCUUUCGUGAGGGGGUGAUGGUGGCCAAGAAGGACCGGCGGCCACACAGCUUGCAUCCCCAUGUGCCUGGAGUCACCAAUCUACAGGUCAUGCGUGCCAUGGCCUCACUGCGAGCUCGGGGCCUGGUGCGGGAGACCUUUGCUUGGCGCCACUUCUACUGGUACCUGACCAAUGAGGGCAUUGACCACCUACGCCAGUACCUACACCUGCCACCAGAGAUCGUGCCUGCCUCUUUGCAACGUGUGCGCCGCCCUGUUGCCAUGGUGAUGCCUGCACGUCGUCGCUCCCCCCAUGUGCAGGCCAUGCAAGGUCCCCUGAGCUGCCCACCAAAGUGGAGUCCUCUGCCAGCUGAGGACCCCGUCCGUGAGGAGCGAAAGGUCUAUCGCAGAAAGGAGCCUGAGGAGGGGGCACCCGAAACGCCUAUGGUAUCUGCCACUUCUAUGGGGACCCUGGCCAGGCCAGGCCCCAAUCCUGCCCCAGUCACAGAUGAACGGGACCGUGUGCAGAAGAAAACUUUCACCAAGUGGGUCAACAAACACCUUAUCAAGGCUCAGAGGCACAUUAGUGACCUUUAUGAAGACCUCCGUGAUGGACACAACCUUAUCUCCCUGCUGGAAGUCCUCUCAGGGGACAGCCUGCCGAGGGAGCGGGACGUAAUCAGGAGUUUGCACCUGCCCCGAGAGAAGGGGAGGAUGCGUUUCCACAAGCUGCAGAAUGUUCAGAUUGCCCUGGACUAUCUACGACAUCGCCAGGUGAAGUUAGUGAACAUUAGAAAUGAUGACAUUGCUGACGGCAACCCCAAGCUGACCCUUGGCCUGAUCUGGACCAUCAUCUUGCACUUCCAGAUCUCAGAUAUUCAGGUGAGCGGGCAGUCAGAGGACAUGACUGCAAAGGAAAAGCUGCUGCUCUGGUCACAGCGUAUGGUAGAGGGCUACCAGGGCCUGCGUUGUGACAACUUUACCACCAGUUGGCGUGAUGGCCGUCUCUUCAAUGCUAUCAUCCACCGGCACAAGCCUAUGCUCAUUGAUAUGAACAAAGUGUAUCGUCAGACCAACCAGGAGAACCUAGACCAGGCCUUCUCCGUGGCAGAGCGGGACCUGGGAGUUACAAGGCUCCUGGACCCAGAAGAUGUGGAUGUCCCUCAGCCUGAUGAGAAGUCUAUCAUCACUUAUGUUUCAUCCCUGUAUGAUGCCAUGCCCCGUGUGCCCGGUGCACAGGAUGGCGUGAGGGCCAAUGAGUUGCAGCUUCGCUGGCAGGAGUACCGGGAGCUAGUGUUGCUGCUUCUGCAGUGGAUCCGGCACCAUACAGCUGCCUUUGAGGAGCGCAAGUUCCCCUCCAGCUUUGAAGAGAUUGAGAUCCUAUGGUGUCAGUUUUUGAAGUUCAAGGAGACGGAGCUUCCAGCCAAGGAGGCAGAUAAGAACCGGUCCAAAGGCAUCUAUCAGUCUUUGGAGGGGGCAGUACAAGCAGGCCAGCUCAAGAUUCCCCCUGGCUACCACCCGUUAGAUGUGGAAAAGGAAUGGGGCAAGCUACAUGUGGCUAUCCUGGAGCGGGAGAAGCAACUCCGGAGCGAGUUUGAAAGGUUGGAGUGUCUCCAGCGAAUUGUGAGCAAACUGCAGAUGGAGGCUGGGUUGUGUGAGGAACAACUGAACCAGGCCGACUCCCUACUACAGUCGGAUAUUCGGCUGCUGGCCUCAGGCAAGGUGGCUCAGCAGGCUGGGGAAGUGGAGCGAGACCUGGAUAAGGCUGAUGGUAUGAUCCGGCUGUUGUUCAAUGAUGUGCAGACCCUUAAAGACGGGCGGCAUCCACAGGGUGAACAGAUGUACCGGAGGGUGUAUCGUCUGCAUGAGCGCCUGGUAGCCAUCCGCACUGAGUACAACCUCCGGCUGAAGGCAGGAGUGGCUGCCCCUGUGACCCAAGUGACCUUGCAGAGUACACAGAGGCGCCCAGAACUAGAGGACUCUACACUACGCUACCUGCAAGACCUGCUGGCAUGGGUAGAGGAGAACCAGCGUCGAAUAGACAGUGCUGAGUGGGGUGUGGACUUGCCUAGUGUAGAGGCACAGCUGGGCAGCCACCGAGGCAUGCAUCAGUCUAUUGGGGAGUUUCGGGCCAAGAUUGAGCGGGCACGGAAUGAUGAGAGCCAGCUCUCCCCUGCCACCCGGGGUGCCUACAGAGACUGCCUGGGCCGCCUAGACCUGCAGUAUGCAAAGCUGCUGAACUCCUCCAAGGCCUGCCUCCGGUCUCUGGAGAGCUUGCACGGGUUUGUGGCUGCUGCUACUAAGGAGUUGAUGUGGCUAAAUGAGAAGGAAGAGGAGGAAGUGGGCUUUGAUUGGAGUGACAGAAACACCAACAUGGCUGCCAAGAAGGAGAGUUACUCGGCCCUGAUGCGUGAGCUGGAGAUGAAGGAAAAGAAAAUCAAGGAGAUCCAGAAUACUGGAGACCGGUUGCUGCGGGAAGACCAUCCUGCCCGGCCCACGGUGGAGUCCUUCCAGGCUGCCUUGCAGACCCAGUGGAGCUGGAUGCUGCAGCUGUGUUGUUGCAUUGAAGCACACUUGAAAGAGAACACAGCCUACUUCCAGUUCUUCUCAGACGUUCGGGAGGCUGAGGAACAGCUGCAUAAACUACAGGAGACAAUGCGCAGGAAGUACAGCUGUGACCGCUCCAUUACCGUCACCAGGCUGGAGGAUCUGCUGCAGGAUGCCCAGGAUGAGAAGGAGCAGCUGAAUGAGUAUAAGGGGCACCUCUCAGGCCUGGCCAAGCGGGCCAAGGCCAUUGUGCAGUUGAAGCCACGCAACCCUGCCUACCCCAUGCGGGGCCAUGUGCCCUUGCUGGCUGUGUGUGAUUAUAAGCAGGUGGAGGUGACUGUACACAAGGGUGACCAGUGCCAGCUAGUGGGCCCUGCCCAGCCAUUCCACUGGAAGGUGCUCAGCGGUUCUAGCAGUGAAGCUGCUGUGCCUUCAGUGUGCUUUCUUGUGCCACCACCCAACCAGGAGGCCCAGGAAGCUGUCACUAGACUAGAGGCCCAGCAUCAAGCCCUGGUCACACUGUGGCACCAGCUGCAUGUGGACAUGAAGAGCCUUCUGGCGUGGCAGAGUCUCAGCCGUGACAUACAGCUCAUUCGGUCCUGGUCCCUCGUCACGUUCCGCACGCUGAAGCCAGAGGAGCAGCGCCAAGCUCUACGCAACCUGGAGCUACACUACCAGGCCUUCCUUCGAGACAGCCAGGACGCUGGUAGCUUUGGCCCCGAGGACCGACUGGUGGCAGAACGGGAGUAUGGAUCUUGCAGUCGCCACUACCAGCAGCUACUACAAAGCCUAGAGCAGGGUGAGCAAGAGGAGUCUCGCUGUCAGCGAUGCAUCUCGGAGCUCAAAGAUAUUCGGUUGCAACUGGAUGCCUGUGAGACCCGGACUGUGCACCGUCUGCGGCUACCACUGGACAAAGAGCCUGCACGGGAGUGUGCCCAACGCAUUGCUGAGCAGCAGGCAAGCACAGUCCCCAUAUAUCUCACCCCUCCUACCCACUCCACCCUCUCUCAUCUUCAAGGGAAACUGGUUGUUAGGCUCUGCUGGUCAAUGUGUCCUUACCUGGUCUCUCUACAGAAAGCUCAAGCUGAGGUAGAAGGGCUAGGCAAGGGAGUUGCCCGCCUCUCUGCUGAGGCUGAGAAAGUUCUAGCCUUGCCAGAGCCAUCACCUGCUGCUCCCACUCUGCGCUCGGAGUUAGAAUUGACGCUGGGCAAGCUGGAACAGGUCCGAAGCUUAUCUGCCAUCUACUUGGAGAAACUGAAGACCAUUAGCUUGGUAAUUCGCAGUACCCAGGGGGCUGAGGAGGUGCUUAAAGCCCAUGAGGAGCAGCUCAAGGAGGCCCAGGCUAUACCUGCCACUCUCCAGGAGCUUGAAGCCACCAAGGCCUCACUAAAGAAACUGCGGGCCCAGGCAGAAGCACAGCAGCCUGUAUUUGACACCCUAAGAGAUGAGCUGAGAGGGGCCCAGGAAGUUGGUGAAAGGCUACAACAGCGGCAUGGAGAGCGGGAUGUGGAAGUGGAGCGCUGGCGAGAGCGCAUCACCCAGUUGCUGGAGCGCUGGCAGGCUGUGCUAGCCCAGACUGAUGUGCGGCAGCGUGAGCUUGAACAGCUGGGUCGCCAACUUCGCUACUACCGCGAGAGCGCUGACCCACUGAGCUCCUGGCUGCAAGACGCCAAGAGGCGGCAAGAACAGAUCCAGGCUGUGCCAAUACCCCACAACCAGGCUGCACGAGAACAACUGCGCCAGGAGAAGGCCCUGCUGGAAGAGAUUGAGCGUCAUGGCGAGAAGGUUGAGGAGUGCCAGAGGUUCGCCAAGCAGUACAUCAAUGCCAUCAAGGACUAUGAACUCCAGCUGGUCACCUACAAGGCACAGCUUGAGCCCGUGGCCUCCCCAGCCAAGAAGCCCAAGGUUCAGUCUGGAUCGGAGAGUGUCAUCCAAGAGUAUGUGGAUCUGCGUACACGCUACAGUGAGCUGACCACACUCACAAGUCAAUACAUCAAGUUCAUCAGUGAGACAUUGCGACGCAUGGAAGAGGAAGAGAGGUUGGCUGAGCAACAGCGGGCAGAGGAGCGUGAGCGACUGGCUGAGGUAGAGGCUGCACUGGAGAAGCAGCGGCAGUUAGCUGAGGCACAUGCCCAGGCUAAGGCACAGGCAGAGCUGGAGGCACAAGAACUGCAGCGGCGCAUGCAAGAGGAGGUGGCACGGCGUGAGGAGGCAGCGGUGGAUGCACAGCAGCAGAAGCGCAGCAUCCAAGAGGAGCUGCAGCAUCUUCGGCAGAGCUCAGAGGCAGAGAUCCAGGCCAAGGCCCAACAGGUGGAGGCUGCAGAGCGCAGCCGGAUGCGUAUUGAGGAGGAGAUCCGUGUAGUGCGUCUGCAGCUGGAGACAACUGAGCGUCAGCGUGGAGGGGCAGAGGGCGAGCUACAGGCUCUGCGUGCACGGGCCGAGGAGGCAGAAGCACAGAAGCGUCAGGCUCAGGAGGAAGCCGAACGCUUGCGAAGGCAGGUGCAAGAUGAGAGCCAGCGCAAAAGGCAGGCGGAGGCAGAGCUGGCCCUGCGUGUAAAGGCCGAAGCAGAGGCAGCCCGAGAGAAGCAGCGGGCCCUGCAGGCCCUGGAGGAAUUGCGGCUGCAGGCUGAAGAGGCUGAACGGCGGCUGCGCCAAGCUGAGGCAGAGAGGGCACGCCAAGUGCAGGUAGCUCUGGAGACAGCACAGCGCAGUGCCGAGGUGGAGCUGCAGAGCAAGCGUGCAUCUUUUGCUGAGAAGACAGCGCAGCUGGAGCGCACGCUGCAGGAAGAGCAUGUGACAGUGACACAGCUGCGGGAGGAGGCCGAGCGGCGGGCACAGCAACAAGCUGAGGCUGAACGAGCCCGUGAGGAGGCUGAGCGGGAGCUAGAGCGCUGGCAGCUAAAGGCCAAUGAGGCGCUUAGGUUGCGGCUGCAGGCGGAAGAGGUGGCCCAGCAGAAGAGUCUGGCUCAGGCUGAUGCGGAGAAGCAGAAGGAGGAGGCAGAGCGGGAGGCACGGCGGCGUGGUAAGGCAGAGGAGCAGGCUGUGCGGCAGCGAGAGCUGGCUGAACAAGAGCUGGAGAAGCAGCGCCUGUUGGCGGAGGGUACUGCGCAGCAGCGCCUGGCUGCAGAGCAGGAGCUGAUCCGCCUGCGUGCUGAGACAGAGCAAGGCGAACAGCAGCGGCAGCUGCUGGAAGAGGAGCUGGCCCGGCUGCAGCGGGAAGCGACUGCAGCCACGCAGAAGCGCCAGGAGCUGGAGGCUGAACUGGCCAAAGUGCGGGCCGAGAUGGAGGUACUGCUGACCAGCAAGGCGCGAGCCGAGGAAGAGUCUCGAUCUACCAGCGAGAAGUCUAAGCAGAGGCUUGAGGCUGAGGCCGACCGCUUUAGAGAGCUGGCUGAGGAGGCUGCCCGUCUGCGUGCCCUGGCUGAGGAGGCAAAGCGGCAGAGGCAGCUAGCUGAGGAGGAUGCGGCACGCCAGCGGGCCGAGGCAGAGCGAGUGCUUACUGAGAAGCUGGCUGCCAUUAGUGAGGCCACAAGGCUCAAGACAGAGGCAGAGAUUGCACUCAAAGAGAAGGAGGCCGAGAAUGAGCGCCUACGGCGCCUGGCUGAAGACGAGGCCUUCCAGAGGCGGCGUCUGGAGGAGCAGGCUGCCCUGCACAAGGCUGACAUAGAGGAGCGUUUGGCGCAGCUGCGCAAGGCAUCAGAGAAUGAGCUAGAGCGGCAAAAGGGGUUGGUGGAAGACACGCUGCGACAGCGGCGACAGGUGGAGGAGGAGAUCAUGGCACUGAAGGUGAGCUUUGAGAAAGCUGCCGCGGGCAAGGCCGAGCUGGAGCUGGAGCUAGGGCGCAUUCGAAGCAAUGCCGAGGACACAAUGCGCAGCAAGGAGCAGGCAGAGCAAGAGGCAGCGCGACAGCGUCAGUUGGCAGCUGAGGAGGAGCAGAAGCGCAGGGAAGCAGAGGAGCGUGUGCAGAAGAGCCUGGCAGCUGAGGAGGAAGCUGCACGGCAGCGCAAGGUUGCACUGGAGGAAGUCGAGCGUCUCAAGGCCAAGGUGGAGGAAGCACGGCGCCUGCGGGAACGAGCAGAGCAGGAGUCCGCAAGGCAGCUGCAGCUGGCCCAGGAGGCUGCCCAGAAACGACUGCAGGCAGAGGAGAAGGCGCAUGCCUUUGUGGUGCAGCAGCGGGAAGAGGAGCUGCAGCAAACUCUUCAGCAAGAGCAGAGCAUGCUAGAACGGCUGCGGAGUGAGGCAGAUUCAGCGCGGCGAGCUGCCGAGGAAGCAGAGGAGGCCCGGGAGCAGGCAGAACGGGAGGCAGCACAGUCACGGAAACAAGUGGAAGAGGCGGAGCGGCUGAAACAGUCAGCGGAGGAGCAGGCACAGGCCCGGGCGCAGGCACAGGCAGCUGCAGAGAAGCUGCGUAAGGAAGCUGAGCAGGAGGCGGCGCGUCGGGCACAGGCAGAGCAGGCAGCAUUGAAGCAGAAGCAAGCUGCCGAUGCAGAGAUGGAGAAGCAUAAGAAGUUUGCUGAGCAGACACUGCGGCAGAAGGCCCAGGUAGAGCAGGAGCUGACAACACUAAGGCUGCAGCUAGAGGAGACUGACCACCAGAAGAGCAUCCUAGAUGAGGAGCUGCAGCGGCUAAAGGCUGAGGUGACUGAGGCUGCCCGCCAGCGUAGCCAGGUAGAGGAGGAGCUCUUCUCUGUCCGUGUGCAGAUGGAAGAGCUGGGCAAGCUCAAGGCUCGCAUUGAAGCUGAAAACCGGGCACUCAUCCUGCGUGACAAGGACAACACGCAGCGCUUCCUGGAGGAGGAGGCUGAAAAGAUGAAACAGGUGGCAGAGGAGGCUGCCCGGUUGAGUGUGGCUGCCCAGGAGGCAGCACGGCUGCGGCAGCUAGCAGAGGAAGACCUGGCGCAGCAGCGGGCCCUGGCAGAGAAGAUGCUCAAGGAAAAGAUGCAGGCAGUACAGGAAGCCACGAGGCUUAAAGCUGAGGCCGAGCUGCUACAGCAGCAGAAGGAGCUUGCACAGGAGCAGGCCCGGCGGUUGCAAGAGGACAAGGAGCAGAUGGCACAGCAGUUGGUAGAGGAGACACAGGGUUUCCAGCGGACACUGGAGGCAGAGCGGCAGCGGCAGCUGGAAAUGAGCGCAGAGGCUGAGCGCCUCAAGCUGCGCAUGGCUGAGAUGAGCCGGGCUCAGGCCCGUGCAGAGGAGGAUGCCCAGCGCUUCCGGAAGCAGGCUGAAGAGAUUGGUGAAAAGCUGCACCUCACUGAACUUGCUACGCAGGAGAAAGUGACAUUGGUGCAGACACUGGAGAUCCAGCGACAACAGAGUGAUCAUGAUGCUGAGCGUCUGAGGGAGGCCAUUGCUGAGCUGGAGCGGGAGAAGGAGAAGCUCAAGCAAGAGGCCACAUUGCUGCAGCUCAAGUCUGAGGAGAUGCAGACUGUGCAGCAGGAGCAGAUACUGCAGGAGACACAGGCCUUGCAGAAGAGCUUCCUCUCUGAGAAGGAUAGCCUGCUACAACGGGAGCGCUUCAUUGAGCAGGAAAAGGCCAAGCUGGAACAGCUUUUCCAGGAUGAAGUGGCAAAAGCGCAGCAGCUACGUGAGGAGCAGCAGCGGCAGCAGCAGCAGAUGGAGCAGGAGAAGCAGGAGUUGGUGGCCAGCAUGGAGGAGGCCAGACGGCGGCAGUGCGAGGCAGAGGAGGCUGUGAGGCGUAAGCAGGAGGAGCUGCAGCAUUUGGAGCAGCAGCGGCAGCAGCAGGAGAAGCUGCUGGCUGAGGAGAACCAGAGGCUGCGAGAGCGGCUGCAGCGCCUGGAGGAAGAGCACCGGGCUGCAUUGGCACACUCAGAGGAGAUUGCUGCCACCCAGGCUGCCACCGCAAAAGCUCUACCCAAUGGCCAAGAUGCACUGGAUGGCCCACCCGUGGAGGUAGAACCUGAGCACGCCUUCGAGGGUCUGCGUCAGAAGGUGCCAGCUCAACAGCUACAGGAAGCAGGCAUUUUGAGCAUGGAGCAACUGCAGUGGCUGGCACAGGGCCACACCACCGUGGCUGAGCUCUCACAGCGGGAGGAUGUACACCAAUAUCUGAAGGGCCGCAGCAGUAUUGCAGGACUGCUGCUAAAGCCCACCAAUGAGAAACUGAGUGUCUACACAGCCCUACAGAGGCAGCUGCUUAGCCCUGGAACAGCUCUUAUCCUUCUCGAGGCCCAGGCAGCCUCAGGCUUCCUGCUGGACCCUGUACGGAACCGGCGGCUGACUGUCAACGAGGCUGUGAAGGAGGGUGUCGUGGGUCCUGAGCUACACCACAAGCUCCUGUCAGCAGAGCGUGCUGUCACCGGCUACAAGGACCCCUACACAGGGGAACAGAUCUCCCUCUUCCAGGCCAUGAAGAAGGACCUCAUCGUUAGGGACCAUGGCAUCCGCCUGCUGGAGGCCCAGAUCGCCACGGGUGGCAUCAUCGACCCUGUACACAGCCACCGUGUACCUGUGGACGUGGCCUACCAGCGUGGCUACUUUGAUGAGGAGAUGAACCGUGUCUUGGCUGACCCCAGUGAUGACACCAAGGGCUUCUUCGACCCCAACACACAUGAGAACCUCACCUAUCUACAGCUGCUGGAGCGCUGUGUGGAGGAUCCCGAGACAGGCCUGCGUCUCCUGCCUCUCACAGAUAAGGCUGCCAAGGGUGGUGAGCUGGUGUACACUGAUACAGAGGCCCGUGACGUCUUUGAGAAGGCCACUGUGUCUGCACCAUUUGGCAAGUUCCAGGGUAAGACUGUGACCAUCUGGGAGAUCAUCAACUCAGAGUACUUCACAGCAGAGCAGCGACGGGAUCUGCUGCGGCAGUUCCGAACAGGCCGCAUCACAGUGGAGAAGAUCAUUAAGAUUGUUAUCACGGUGGUAGAGGAACAAGAGCGGAAGGGCCAGCUCUGCUUCGAGGGCCUCCGUGCCCUUGUGCCUGCUGCAGAGCUACUGGAGAGUGGGGUUAUCAACCAUGAACUCUACCAGCAGCUGCAAAGGGGUGAACGUUCUGUGCAGGAGGUAGCUGAGGCUGACAGUGUGAGGCGGGCCCUGCGGGGUGCCAGUGUCAUUGCAGGUGUGUGGCUAGAAGAAGCAGGGCAGAAGCUGAGUAUCUAUGAGGCCUUGAAGAAAGACUUGCUGCAGCCAGAUGUGGCUGUGGCCUUGCUGGAGGCCCAGGCUGGCACUGGGCACAUCAUUGACCCUGCCACUAGUGCCCGGCUAACUGUGGAUGAGGCGGUGCGCGCUGGCCUAGUAGGCCCUGAGCUGCAUGAGAAGCUCUUGUCAGCUGAGAAGGCUGUGACAGGCUACAGGGACCCCUACUCAGGACAGAGUGUCUCACUGUUCCAGGCCCUGAAAAAGGGUCUCAUUCCCCGAGAACAGGGCCUGCGCCUGCUGGAUGCCCAGUUAUCCACUGGUGGCAUUGUAGACCCCAGCAAGAGCCACCGAGUGCCACUGGAUGUUGCCUAUGCCCGGGGCUACCUGGACAAAGAGACCAACAGGGCCCUGUUGUCACCCAGGGAUGAUGCCAGAAUCUACCUUGACCCCAGCAACCGGAAGCCAGUCACCUACAGCCAGCUCCAGCAGCGGUGCCAUUCUGACCAGCUGACCGGGUUGAGCCUGCUGCCAGUCUCAGAGAAGGUUGUCCGGGCCCAGCAAGAGGAGGUCUACUCUGAGCUCCAGGCCCGUGAGACAUUGGAGAAGGCCACGGUUGGGGUCCCCGUGGGCAGCUUUAAGGGCAGGACAAUGACAGUGUGGGAGCUCAUAAGCUCCGAAUACUUCACUGAGGAGCAGCGGCAGGAGCUGCUACGGCAGUUCCGCAUGGGCAAGGUCACUGUAGAGAAGGUCAUCAAGAUUCUCAUCACUAUUGUGGAGGAGGUAGAGAUCCAGCGGCAGGAGCGACUUUCCUUUAGUGGCCUCCGUGCCCCUGUGCCGGCCAGUGAGCUCCUGGCUGCCAAGAUCCUCAGUAGAGCUCAGUUUGACCAGCUCAAGGAUGGCAAGACGUCAGUCAAAGACCUGUCAGAGGUGGGUUCUGUGCGGACACUGCUACAAGGCAGUGGCUGCCUAGCUGGCAUCUACCUGGAGGACUCUAAAGAGAAAGUAACCAUCUAUGAGGCCAUGCGCCGGGGCCUCCUCAGACCCUGCACGGCCACACUCCUGCUGGAGGCCCAGGCAGCCACUGGCUUUCUAGUGGACCCUGUGCGGAACCAACGUCUGUAUGUCCACGAGGCUGUCAAAGUGGGGGUAGUGGGCCCUGAGCUCCAUGAGAAGCUACUGUCAGCUGAGAAAGCGGUCACUGGCUAUAAGGAUCCCUACUCAGGCACCACCAUCUCGCUGUUCCAGGCUAUGAAGAAGGGCUUGGUCCUCAGGGAACAUGCCAUCCGCCUGCUCGAGGCUCAGAUUGCCACAGGUGGCAUCAUUGACCCCGUGCACAGCCACCGCCUGCCCAUGGACGUGGCCUACCAGCGUGGCUACUUCGAUGAGGAGAUGAAUCGUAUGCUGACAGAUCCAAGUGAUGACACCAAGGGCUUCUUCGACCCCAACACACACGAGAACCUCACCUACCUACAGCUGCUGGAGCGCUGUGUGGAGGACCCCGAGACAGGCCUGCGCCUCUUACCACUCAAAGGGGCAGAGAAGACAGAGGUGGUGGAAACCACACAGGUGUAUACUGAGGAGGAGACUAGGAGGGCGUUUGAGGAGACACAGAUUGACAUCCCUGGUGGUGGCAGCCACGGUGGCUCCUCCAUGUCCCUGUGGGAGGUGAUGCAGUCAGACAUGAUCCCAGAUGAUCAACGAGCCCGGCUCAUGGCUGACUUCCAGGCUGGUCGAGUGACCAAGGAGCGUAUGAUCAUCAUUAUCAUUGAAAUCAUUGAGAAGACUGAGAUCAUCCGCCAGCAGAACCUUGCCUCCUAUGACUAUGUGCGCCGCCGCCUCACUGCCGAAGACCUGUACGAGGCCCGGAUCAUCUCCCUUGAGACCUACAACCUCUUCCGGGAAGGCACCAAGAACCUCCGUGAAGUUCUGGAGAUGGAAUCUGCCUGGCGCUACCUUUAUGGCACAGGGUCAGUGGCCGGUGUCUACCUGCCUGGUUCCAGACAGAUGCUAACCAUCUACCAGGCCCUUAAGAAGGGGCUGCUGAGUGCUGAGGUGGCCCGCUUAUUGCUGGAAGCACAGGCAGCCACAGGCUUCCUGUUGGACCCAGUGAAGGGUGAGCGGCUGACUGUGGAUGAGGCCGUGCGGAAGGGUCUAGUAGGCCCUGAGCUGCAUGACCGACUGCUUUCCGCAGAGCGGGCUGUUACUGGAUACCGUGACCCCUAUACCGAACAGACCAUCUCACUCUUCCAGGCCAUGAAGAAGGAGCUGAUCCCUGCUGAGGAGGCGUUGAGGCUGCUGGAUGCCCAGCUAGCCACGGGAGGCAUUGUGGACCCCCGCCUGGGUUUCCACCUCCCUCUGGAGGUGGCUUACCAACGUGGCUACCUCAAUAAGGACACACAUGACCAGCUAUCAGAGCCCAGUGAGGUGCGCAGCUAUGUGGAUCCCUCUACAGAUGAGCGCCUCAGCUACACACAGCUGCUCAAGCGAUGCCGCCGUGAUGACAACAGUGGCCAGAUGCUCCUGCCACUCUCUGAUGCCCGCAAGCUGACCUUCCGUGGCCUGCGCAAGCAGAUUACUGUUGAGGAGCUGGUGCGUUCUCAGGUCAUGGAUGAGGCCACGGCGCUACAGCUGCAAGAAGGCCUGACCUCCAUUGAGGAGGUCACUAAGAACCUGCAGAAGUUCCUUGAGGGUACCAGCUGCAUUGCUGGAGUCUUUGUUGAUGCUACCAAGGAGCGGCUAUCAGUGUACCAGGCCAUGAAGAAGGGCAUUAUCCGCCCCGGUACAGCCUUUGAGCUCCUGGAAGCACAGGCAGCCACUGGCUAUGUCAUUGACCCUAUCAAGGGACUCAAGCUGACUGUGGAGGAGGCUGUGCGUAUGGGUAUCGUGGGCCCUGAGUUCAAAGACAAGCUUCUGUCAGCUGAACGUGCUGUCACUGGCUACAAGGAUCCCUACUCUGGAAAACUUAUCUCCCUCUUCCAGGCCAUGAAAAAGGGCUUAAUCCUGAAAGACCAUGGCAUCCGUCUGCUAGAGGCUCAGAUCGCCACUGGUGGCAUCAUCGACCCUGAGGAGAGCCACCGUCUACCUGUGGAAAUGGCCUAUAAGCGUGGCCUCUUUGAUGAGGAGAUGAAUGAGAUCCUGACCGAUCCCUCAGAUGACACCAAAGGCUUCUUUGACCCCAACACAGAGGAGAACCUCACCUACCUGCAGCUGAUGGAGCGCUGUAUCACUGACCCCCAGACUGGCCUGUGUCUCCUCCCGCUGAAGGAGAAGAGGCGGGAGCGGAAGACGUCCUCCAAGUCUUCAGUGCGUAAGCGCCGUGUGGUAAUUGUGGACCCUGAGACAAGCAAGGAGAUGUCAGUGUAUGAGGCCUACCGCAAGGGCCUCAUUGACCACCAGACAUACCUGGAGCUGUCAGAGCAGGAAUGCGAGUGGGAAGAAAUCACUAUCUCCUCAUCAGACGGCGUGGUCAAAUCUAUGAUCAUUGACCGACGCUCUGGCCGACAGUAUGACAUUGAUGAUGCCAUCACCAAGAACCUCAUUGACCGCUCAGCACUGGACCAAUACCGUGCUGGCACACUGUCUAUCACUGAGUUUGCUGACAUGCUCUCAGGCAAUGCUGGUGGCUUCCGUUCCCGCUCCUCCUCUGUGGGUUCAUCUUCUUCCUACCCCAUCAGCCCUGCUGUCUCUAGGACCCAGUUAGCUUCCUGGUCUGAUCCCACCGAGGAGACCGGCCCAGUGGCUGGCAUCCUGGACACAGAGACUCUGGAGAAGGUGUCCAUCACUGAGGCCAUGCACCGCAACCUGGUAGACAACAUCACUGGUCAACGGCUGCUGGAGGCACAGGCCUGCACUGGGGGCAUCAUUGAUCCCAGCACUGGUGAGCGCUUCCCAGUCACUGAGGCUGUCAACAAGGGCCUGGUGGACAAGAUCAUGGUAGACCGUAUCAAUCUGGCCCAGAAGGCCUUUUGUGGGUUUGAGGACCCACGCACCAAGACCAAGAUGUCAGCUGCCCAGGCCCUGAAGAAGGGCUGGCUGUACUAUGAGGCAGGCCAGCGCUUUCUGGAGGUGCAGUACCUAACAGGUGGUCUGAUUGAGCCUGACACCCCUGGCCGUGUACCCCUUGAUGAGGCCCUGCAACGGGGCACCGUGGAUGCUCGCACAGCCCAGAAGCUGCGUGACGUCAGUGCCUACUCCAAGUACCUCACGUGCCCCAAGACCAAGCUCAAGAUAUCCUACAAGGAUGCUUUGGACCGCAGCAUGGUGGAAGAGGGCACAGGGUUGAGGCUGUUGGAAGCCGCGGCACAGUCCAGCAAGGGCUACUAUAGUCCCUACAGUGUCAGCGGCUCUGGCUCCACUGCUGGUUCACGCACUGGUUCACGAACCGGCUCCCGGGCCGGCUCCCGCCGUGGCAGCUUUGAUGCCACUGGCUCUGGCUUCUCCAUGACCUUCUCGUCUUCCUCUUACUCUUCCUCCAGUUAUGGCCGUCGCUAUGCCUCAGGGCCUUCAACCUCUUUAGGGGGUCCCGAGUCUGCUGUGGCCUGACCCCCUGCCUGCACCCUGCCCUCCAGCCCUGCAUGCGGCCAGGCUCUCUGUGGAGGCGCUGGGGUCUUUUAACAUGUAAAGGUGUCUUCCUCCCAAGCGGUGCCUAAAAUUUAACCAAAAAGACCAGACUAACACACACACACACACACACACACACACACACACACACACACACACACACAUCUGAUGUCCAGACAGCCUGUGUCUUGGGAAAUGGGGCUGGCCUAGACCCAGUGACCACUUCACUCCGCUUGGGUCUCCCUAAUCCUUUCUACCUGCCACUCACCACAGCUAGGUGCCUUGGAGAAUCCAGAGCUGGGCACUUAGCCUACCACGCCUGUCUCUCCUGGGAAGAUUCUAUCUGUGAAAGGCCUCCAGACCUCUAAGCCAACCCCACUGGAUGUCUACCUGCUGGUCCUAGCUGCUGAGGGGACCUGGGGACGAUCCCAUGAGUAGACAGCUCUUAGGUCUCUUGAGGCCUGUGUCCUGAGUCAGCUGUGUGUCUCUGAAUUACCUGCCUAUUCAUUGGGUCUUGCUGGUGAAGGAAAGGUCCCAGGCCAGCCAUCUCUUCCAGCCUACCCACAGAGGCCCCUCUCCCAUGGGAAGAUAAGGCCUGGUCCUGGCCCCAGCCUCCCCCCUGGCUCCUGCAGCUGCCAUUGGAGCUGUGCUUUGUAGCUCACCGCCUGCCCUGUACUUAUUCACCCCACCCCGAGACCUGAGCCUCUGCUUCAGCCUUCCAGCCUCAGCUCCCCUUGUAAGUGCCUUCUGUGUCCUUCUUGUACCCAGGCCCUAAAGAUCCAGACACAGGGUAGGAGAUGAACUUUCUGGCUGGGCAGGGCUAGAGGGUUCUCCAGAUCUGACACUCAGUGGCUCCUCAGCCUGUGGAAACCCUCUCUGGGUGCUGCUGCCCAACUCUCCCAGGGAACCUUGGCCCCUCCAUGGCCCAGAGACACUGGCUGGCCCAUCUGUGCUGAUGUUAGCACCUGGCCAGUGCCACCCUCCCUUCCUGUCCAGCCAGCUCAUGGCCAUGGUGGUUCCUACCCUUGCCUCCACCCUCUGAGUGAGCUUUGCAUGUCCCACUAACCUUGAGCUGGUGGCAGGUGGAGAUGCCAGGCAGAACACUAACCUGACCAUGGGCGGAGGCCCUGCGGUGUCCGCCCCUCAAUAAAAGCAAUUCCAACCUUC